GUUGCAGAGAGGAGCAAAAGAAUCUAUCUUUCUGGGUUUUGAAGAUUCAGCUCUGUAAUUCUUGCCAAUCCCAAUUGUAAAGUUUCGACCUUUACACGAAAUUUGGGGUUUUUGCCCCAAUUGAAGCUUCUUCACUGUUGAAUUGGUUGUUUAGUAGGGAAUUGCUGCUUGUUUUGUGAGAGUUUCCGAUGACCGUUUGGUCAUGAGUGGGUUCAGUUGGGGUAGCUGUCAAUGGGCACCCCUGACAACAAAUUUACCGAGCUAGUUGACAUUUUCAAGUCUUGGAUGCCAAGGAGAACCGAGCCAACCAAUGUGUCCCGGGACUUUUGGAUGCCCGAUCAGAGCUGUAGGGUAUGCUAUGAUUGUGAUUCCCAGUUCACAGUAUUUAAUCGGAGGCAUCAUUGCCGCCUAUGUGGCCGAGUGUUCUGUGCUAGGUGUACAGCAAACUCUAUUCCUGCCCCGUCUGAUGAGCCAAGAAUUGGUAGGGAAGAUGGGGAGAAGAUUAGGGUCUGUAAUUUUUGCUUCAAGCAAUGGGAGCAAGGGAUAGCAGCAGUUAAUAAUGGGCCCCCUGAAUCUAGCCCUGGCCUCAGUCCAUCGCCAUCUACAGCAAGCUUGGUCAGCACCAAGUCAAGCUGCACCUUCCAUAGUAGCAGCAGCACUGUUGGUUCUACCCCUUAUUCGACUGGACCUUACCAGCGCGUGCCCUAUAGUUCUGGUCUUAGCCCCAAACAAUCUUGCCAAGAUGAUUCAGUUACUGGCCAGCAAGACAAUAUAACGUCUCAGAGGAGCAUUAGUCCUGAUGCUGCAAUGGCAGAAUCGUGUCCUGACCAGUUUGGCUUUUGCAUGGACAGGAGUGAUGAUGAGGAUGAUGACUAUGGUGUUUAUCAUUCAGAUUCAGAAUCAAGACAUUUCUCCCAUGCCAAUGACUAUUAUGGUGCAAUCAAUAACGAGGAGUUUGAUAGUGUGUAUGAACCACAAAAAGUGCAUUCUGAUGGAGAAAACACAGAUGCAAAAAGUUUGAACUCCUUUUCACCUGAGAAGUUUGAUACACAGGGUGUAGUGGGAACAAAACUUGAGGAAGAAUCAGAUCAUCAUGAUAAUGGUGAUGAAUGUAAAACUUCUCCAUAUGACAUGGAGACUACAAAUGCAGAACCGGUGGAUUUUGAGAAUAAUGGGCUACUAUGGCUCCCGCCAGAACCCGAGGAUGAAGAAGAUGAGAGAGAAGCCGACUUAUUUGAUGAUGAUGAUGACGAUGAGGGUGGUGGGGGUGGUCGGGGUGGUGGUGCUACAGGGGAGUGGGGAUAUCUUCAUUCUUCAAACAGUGUUGGUGGUGGGGAGUGUCGUACUAGGGAGAAGUCAAUUGAGGAGCACAGGAAGGCGAUGAAGAAUGUGGUGGAAGGUCAUUUUAGAGCUCUGGUGUCUCAGCUUUUGCAGGUGGAGAACCUGCCUUUGAUUGAUGAAAAUUACAAAGAGACCUGGUUGGACAUAAUUACGUCUUUGUCAUGGGAAGCUGCCACACUUCUUAAACCAGAUACAAGCAAAGGGGGAGGAAUGGAUCCUGGGGGAUAUGUGAAGGUUAAAUGCAUAGCUUGUGGCAAUCGGAGCGAGAGCAUGGUGGUUAAAGGAGUUGUUUGCAAGAAAAAUGUGGCUCAUCGGCGUAUGACUUCAAAGAUAGAGAAACCACGUUUCUUGAUCCUUGGAGGAGCUUUGGAAUAUCAGCGUGUAUCAAACCACUUGUCCAGCUUUGAUACUUUGUUGCAGCAGGAAAUGGACCAUCUGAAGAUGGCAGUUGCUAAGAUUGACGCACAUCACCCUAAUGUUCUAUUGGUGGAGAAGUCUGUAUCCCGGUAUGCUCAAGAGUAUCUUCUUGCGAAAGACAUAUCGCUUGUUCUGAAUAUUAAGAGACCACUUUUGGAGCGAAUCUCACGUUGCACUGGGGCACAAAUAGUCCCUUCAAUAGAUCAUCUUACAUCACCAAAACUGGGGUAUUGUGACAUGUUCCAUGUGGAGAAAUUUCUUGAAGUGCAUGGCAGUGCUGGGCAAGGUGGGAAGAAAUUGACAAAGACUCUGAUGUUCUUUGAAGGUUGCCCAAAGCCAUUGGGUGUUACUAUAUUGCUGAAGGGUGCUAAUGGGGAUGAAUUAAAGAAGGUGAAACAUGUUGUACAGUAUGGAGUUUUCGCAGCUUAUCACUUGGCUUUGGAGACCUCUUUUUUAGCUGAUGAAGGUGCUUCCCUUUCGGAACUUCCUCUGAAGUCGGUGAUAACUGUAUUGCCUGAUAAACCCUCAAGUAUCGACAGGUCCAUUUCUAUCAUACCUGGUUUUAGUGUACCAGCAGCUGGCAAGCCACAGAGUUCCGAUCCUAGAAGUGAACUGCAGAACUCAAAUAAAGGCUUCAUUUCAGAUAGUGGCUCAUUUACUACAGUUGCCUCCAUUUUAAAGAUCGAAGGCUCCAAUCCGGUCCCCUUAUCUAAUGCUACAUGUUCUCAGCCUUCUUCUGUAAAACAUACCUCGAAUCCUAUAGAAUAUAUCUCUCCCUUCACUUCCUUGUCUCCCCCAGGACAGGGUACGAUAGACUUCUACCAUAAAGAGCUUUCUUCAGUUUGUGCCUCUGAGGACAUUCAGGAUGUAAGUUCUAAAGAAUCUUGUCUGGUCAAAACAUCUAACGGAGGCGAGGCAUUACGGGAUAAUUUGAUCUCUAAUUCUUUUAGCACCUCAGAGGCAUUUGGACAUGGUGGUGGAAACGGCAAUGCUGAUGGUGUUGCUUUAGCUGCAAAUCUUAGAGAGACACCAGAGCUUCCAUCCAUAAAAUAUCUUACUGAUAAUCAGAAUGAGGAGGUGGGAUCUUCAAAGGAAGAGUUUCCCCCCUCACCAUCAGACCACCAAAGCAUUUUGGUUUCCCUAUCAACACGUUGUGUGUGGAAGGGAACUGUAUGUGAACGGGCCCAUCUAUUUCGAAUCAAAUACUAUGGAAGCUUUGAUAAGCCUCUUGGGAGGUUUUUACGAGACCAUCUGUUUGAUCAGGGUUACCUCUGUCGUUCAUGUGGGAUGCCCUCAGAAGCGCAUAUUCAUUGUUAUACUCAUAGACAAGGGAGCCUUACAAUAUCUGUUAAGAAGCUCCCAGAGACCUUCCUACCAGGGGAAAAGGAAGGCAAAAUAUGGAUGUGGCAUAGGUGCUUGAGGUGUCCUCGGACCAGUGGCUUCCCUCCAGCCACUCGUAGAGUAGUAAUGUCUGAUGCUGCUUGGGGUUUAUCUUUUGGGAAAUUCUUGGAAUUGAGCUUUUCAAAUCAUGCAGCUGCAAACAGAGUUGCAAGCUGUGGUCAUUCCCUGCACAGAGAUUGUCUUCGGUUUUAUGGCUUUGGGAGAAUGGUUGCUUGCUUCCGCUAUGCCUCAAUUCAUAUUCACUCUGUUUGUCUUCCUCCACCAAAACUGGAAUUUUACUACGAUAAUCAGGAAUGGCUUCAAAAAGAAGCUCAUGAGGUGGGCAACCGGGCGGAGCUUCUAUUCAAUGACUUAUGUAAUGCUCUUCAUCAGAUUUUAGAAAAAAUACCAGCUGCAGAGACACAGGAUGGUGGCAAGAAAGUACCUGAAUCAACUCAUCAAAUUGUAGAACUUGAAGGGAUGCUUCAAAAGGAAAGGGAAGACUUUGAGGAAUCAUUACAAAAAGUGAUAAAGGGGGAGGUGAAAUCUGGCCAGCCUGCAAUUGAUAUUCUUGAGAUCAAUAAAUUACGGAGGCAGUUACUCUUCCACUCUUAUGUUUGGGACCAGCGCCUUAUUCAUGCAGCCAGUCUAGGCAAUCAUAAUCUUCAGGAAGGUUUAACCAGUUCCAUUACCAAACUGAAGGAGAAACCUAUUGGCACGGAGAAACCUGUCAAGAUAACAGGAAAAGGUUUCAGUAGUAGUACAUCUCUUCCGGAAAUCAAGUCUGGUAUAAAUCUUAUCCAAGGAGGGGAUGCUGGCUACUUUAGCCAGAAGGGAGGGGUUCAGAACAGAACUGAAAUGGGUCUGGACACAGAUCAUGGGAACGAGACCUCUGCAAAUGUCUCUGAUAAAUCUGAUCCUUUGGAGUCUGGAAAAAUUGUACAAACAGGGCUCUCGGAAGAUAAUGAAUGUUCAGCUGUGGAAAGUUUAUCUGACACCCUUGAUGCGGCUUGGACUGGUACAACACCUAGAGAGAAUGGAUAUUCACUUCCUCAUUCAACCAUGGUAAAAUCUUCAAAUGUGGUCAAAAGUGUUGCCUCGGUGGCAGAAAAUGGUACUGUUGACCAAGGUGGGGUACAGACAACUCGUUCUGUUAGUUCUGCAUCUCCUGCUGUCACUAGUUCAUUCAGUAAAAGUGUUUCCUUUAACACUCAAAAGCUCUGUAUUGGUGACCAGAGUCCUGUCUAUGUCACACGGUUCCGGGAACUGGAACGGCAAACUGGUGCCAGGUUGCUACUGCCCAUCGGUGUUAAUGAUACUGUUAUCCCUGUUUUCGACGAUGAGCCCACUAGUGUUAUUGCAUAUACCCUUGUCUCUCCUAAUUAUCAUUUGCAGAUUGCUGAACCUGAGAGAUCAAAAGAAGCUCUUGAUUCUGCAAUCUCGUUACCGUUUUUUGAUUCAGCGAAUCUUCUCUCACUGAAUUCUUUUGAUGAGGCAGUAUCUGAGAACUACAGAGGUCUUGGUUCUUCUGAUGACAUCAUAUCCAUGUCACAUUCACGGAGUUCUGAUUCUCUAAUGUCAAAGGAUACACAUGCUAGAGUAUCCUUUACAGAUGAGGGGCCCCUCGGUAAGGUGAAGUAUACAGUGACUUGCUACUACGCGUCCCAGUUUGAGGCAUUAAGGAAAGCAUGUUGCCCUUCUGAAUUAGAUUUUGUUCGGUCUCUUAGCCGCUGUAAGAAGUGGGGUGCCCAGGGUGGAAAGAGCAACGUUUUCUUUGCUAAAACCUUGGAUGAUCGGUUUAUCAUAAAACAAGUCACAAAGACAGAGCUGGAAUCAUUUAUCAAGUUUGCACCAGCUUAUUUCAAGUAUUUGUCUGAUUCAAUCAGUACUAGAAGCCCAACUUGCUUAGCAAAGAUCCUGGGUAUUUAUCAGGUGUCAACAAAGCUCGGUAAAGCAGGGAAAGAGACGAAGAUGGAUGUCUUAGUAAUGGAAAAUCUAUUAUUUAGACGCAAUGUCUCACGGCUCUAUGACCUGAAAGGAUCUUCUCGAUCACGUUAUAAUGCAGAUACAAGCGGGAGCAAUAAAGUGCUACUGGACCAGAACCUGAUUGAAGCAAUGCCAACGUCUCCAAUUUUUGUGGGGAACAGGGCAAAGCGGCUAUUGGAAAGAGCUGUCUGGAAUGAUACUGCAUUCCUUGCUUCGGUCGAUGUGAUGGACUACUCAUUACUGGUUGGAGUAGAUGAGGAAAAGCACGAGCUAGCUUUGGGGAUCAUUGAUUUCAUGAGGCAAUAUACUUGGGACAAGCACCUUGAAACUUGGGUGAAGGCCUCAGGCAUUCUCGGAGGACCGAAGAACACAUCUCCAACCGUGAUUUCACCCCAGCAGUAUAAGAAACGUUUCAGGAAAGCUAUGGCUACUUAUUUUCUUAUGUUGCCUGAUCAGUGGACUCCUCAGAUAAUUGUCCAAAGUGGGUCGCAAUCUGAACAUUUUGAAGAAAAUUCCCAAGCUCAAUCUGAAGUCUUUUAAUUGAGAACUCAACAACACUUACCUGUAUAGAUGAAAUAUAAGCCAUCCUAUUUUUGAUGUUCAAAUAUAAAGUUGAUAUGCCUCAUUUUCUGGUAGCCAUAUUUCUUUCAUAUCAAAUAUCUUUUCAAAGCAUCAACAUCAAAUU